GAGGCUGCACGCCAGCCAGUCUUCUCCGAGAUGUGCGUCUGCAAAUCACUGGUCGCUCCACUCGUCCUGGCCAUCGUCCUUAACACCACAGCCCUCAAACAGAAUGAUUCUGACUUCCAAGAUGAGCCGCACGAGGAACUGCUACUGGCGCGCAGUCACGACCCUUGGGGUUCCCACGACUCCCAGGAACCCACUCACGCCGUCAGCCCUCACAGGUCAAAGCGCCACGUCGUCCACCUGUACAACAUGGUGUCCUGUGCGACAGGGUGCGACCCUCUGAGUUACAAGGGCUACGGCUGCUACUGCGGCUUUCUGGGCUCAGGGUUCGUCACGGACGGCAUCGACAAGUGCUGCAAAAUACACGACUGGUGCUACCAGUCGGCCAACUGCCCGAUGUUCAUGGAGUAUUUCAUCCCAUACUACUGGAAGUGCAUAAGAGGACAUGAACCUAUUUGUGCAAUCGAGCAUGGUGAGUGGGGCGGAGGAGGCUCCUGUGCCCAGAUGUUGUGCGAGUGUGACCGUCAAUUGUCCAUCUGCCUUCGGCGCUACCCCUGUCCACACACCAAAGCCCUCUGCCACUCUUCCCCUUUGCGUCUGCUGCAAAACGUCUUCAUGCUGUGAGCACCCCCGCUCCUCCUGUCAGCAUCACCCGCCGACCCGAGUACUUUUUGCUCAGCUCGCUCUCGAUCUGUGGAGAUUAGGAGGGUGAGAGAGACGGAACUCCCUGGAGACGAGAAUUUAGACGAACCUGAGCCUGCAGUCGCCGCGUUUGCUUGAUGAGCCGUUGCGUCGCAGGUCCAAGACGGGUGGCCUCGGCCACGGCCUCCGCCCUCUGCUCGACCGCCAGAGAAGCGCGAGCCUGCAUUUUUGCCUCAAGGGAGAGCUUUUGGCUCAGCUGCUCUGCUAAUUGGUCCGCGUACCUGAACAUUAUACAUCAUUAAUUUCAUUCACCUCACGUGCCAAAGAGGAUUUUCUUGUAAA